AAAGCAGAGCUUUGGUGAUAUGCUGCAGCUGCUGUGUAGACGUCAAGCUCAAAACCACAAAUAAAUAAAGAAAAAUUCCAGACCGCCAUGUUUCGUGUUGUUUAUCCAUGAGAAGAUUCGAAGUUGUGAGAACUAAACACGAUCCUUGUGAGUCAUCAGUAUGUAGUAUAAUGAUUUAUCUGCUGCUGCUGGUCCUCGUGUUCGCGGGUCCAGCUUCGUGUUGUGGAGCUCAGGAGUACAGAACGAGCCUCGGACAGUGCUGCCCGGAGUGUCAUGAAGGAACGGUCGUUGUCCGAGACUGUACGGUGGAUUCUGGAACGCGCUGUGGGCCCUGUGAGACGGGGACUUUCAUGAACCGACCAAACGGGAUGACCAAGUGUUUCUCGUGCACUUCCUGUGAUCCGGGUUUGGGUCUGCUCACCCGGCAGAGGUGCUCAGCAACAUCUGACUCGGUUUGUGGUGUUUUAGACGGGUUUUUCUGCAGAACCCGGUCAGAAACAGGAUGUAGUUUGGCAGAGAAACAUUCAGCCUGUCAACACGGACAGAGAAUAAAACAACCAGGAACCAGCAGAAACGACACGGUGUGUGAAGACUGUCCGGGUGGCUCCUUCUCUCCAGACGGUGUGAGCUGCUCCCCGUGGACGAGAUGCUCAAAAGGCCAAAUAAAGGUCAAAGAUGGAAGUUCAACCAGCGACGUCGUCUGCAGCAACGCAGCAAGACAUCGUUUUUGUCUUCUUCUGCCUCUAGCUCUACCUUUUCUAACCCUCUGUUGGUGUUUUCACUAAGGACGUUCUAACCAAGGACCCGACUCUCCUGAAGAAGAAUGAAGAAACUAAACGAGAUCACCAGGAAUCGGAGACUUGAAGAGAAAAAGACGUAACCUCCAUCGUGGGAGAAGCGACGACGAGCUGAGAGUCUAAAGACCAAAGCUGAGAGAACCGCCGAAGUUUCUGCUGCCUAUUAGACGUAGUUAUUAUAUUCAUGAACAAACCAGUGACAGUCCCAAGCUCCGCCUACUGGUCAUUUCUGGGUUUGGGAACAUGUGAGUUAAACAACCGGGGGGUGGGGGUGGGGGGGGGCUUGUGCGGCAUGCUGUUGGUGCCGCUAGUUUUAAACAGCUCAUCAGACCACAGGAGUUCUCAGGAAGGCAGAAACCCCCGAGCGCGUGGACAGCGUUCAAAACGCACAGACAAGUCCGUAGCCCCCCAAUCCCAGUCGGACCUCUGAGGAAGAGGUCUGAAAAAGAGUCACCUCAGAAUGUAAAAUGCGUAUGUGACCCUGGUGUGAAACCAAAUUCUGGUCCCGAACCAGACUACCGACCCGGAUGUGAAAGCAGUGUAAGAUGUUGACUCUUGACCUAAUUUUGACUUGUGUACAAAACAAAAAUAACUCCUGUUCUGUUGCCCGCGGUGACGUUCCGGGGUGAUUCUGGUGCUUACAGAGGGUUCAGUAAAACCAAACAUUUUUAACAAGUUUAUUCUUGUAGAUGAUUUUAAAAAAUCUGUAUUAUUUUUUAUUCAACGCUGUGCUUUAACUAACCUUUUUAAAUAAAGUCUUGUGGUUUUA